CCAUUAUGAAUGUUGUCACUCACGCUAUUUUGCCAUUUCAACUCAUUUGACUGAUUCACAAAUUCUACAAGUCUUUUUUUACUUGGAUGGACGGUUCUGCCCCUGCCUCCAUGUCUCUUACCCUGCUACCGUCACCUCCGUCAGACCCUCUCCCGUUACUCCUGCAGGCUGCAUCUCGGCGCCCCGCCUCCUCCUGCCGCCCCAGGCCGGCGCGCCGCCGCUGCUCGGCGGACCGAGGCCACCCCGCCUCCGCCUGCCGCCCCAGGGCGGGGCCCCGCCUCUGGCCCGCGGCUGCAGGCCAGCGUGCCGCAUCCGCCCAGCGGCCUGAGGCCGGCGCCCCGCCUCUGGCCGGCGCCCUGACGCACCUUGCGGCCCGCGCCGGCCACCAGCAGGGGAAGCAGCGCCGCCUCCACAGCCCUUGCACCAUCCUCCGCAGUCCCUGCGCUCAGAUCUGAGGUGAGGUUUUGAAUCCCCUGGCAGCUAGCGCAGGGAAGAGGAGGCCAAACGGGAGUUAACGGGGAGGAGCAGGGAGAAAAAGAGGCCAAACGGAAGUUAAUGGGGAACAGAUGAGAUAGAAAGAGCUAGGGGCAAAACUGUCCAUCCAAGUAAAAAGAAGAGUUGUAGAAUUUGUGAAUCAGUCAAAUGAGUUGAAAUAGCAAAAUAGCGUGAGGGACAACGUUUAUAAGAACAAUCUAACGAAGUCCACAAUUUUAAUGGCAUUGCAGCGAAACUCACUUCCCGUGAGGACAAAAUUUCAAUUUUCUCGAAGUUUCGCAUGCCCAUGAUGAUGACAGGGUUCUCGUAACUUUUACUUGUUUACACUGCUAUUACUUCUUUUCGGGCGUUGUUCGGAGUCAUGCCAACUGUCGCAGCAAGAGCCCCAAGGAUUCCGUGUUUUUAGCCUCACAUGUGUGUCCAUUCAAAUUUGUCGUUGGAUUAAUUUUUUUCUGGAACAAGAAAAGUUGUUCUGCACAAAAAUAUUUCACCUUAUAUAUUAAUUUGAAUGUUAGUCGCAUAUGCGACUCGUAACAUUUGGCUUCGUAACCAUUAGAGGUGUGUUGUGUCAUGAAAGCUCGUGAUAGCCCCCCACGAAACUUGGGCCUAAUGUGCAGUAGCGUGUAAUAUGAUGCCUUGUCAAGCAAGUGGGCCUCUAUGCUUGAACAGCCCGGAUUUCAUGCUUUCUCCUUUCUCCUGCGUACAUAUGAGUGGCCCAUCUCCUUGCCUUGCGUACAUAUGAGCGAGCACGCGCACGCGCCCGUUCGGUGGCUCACACUCCCGCCGCGCCCGCGCCCGUAGGUGGGUAAGCAACGCGAGGCUCGCCGACGCCGGCCGCCGCCGCGCGGAAUCACCGAGAGCGCCCGCGCGCACGCCUAUAAAUCACUCCCGUCAUUAGCACGCAUGCAUACGGCGUACACACACCGGCGCCAUUAACACAAGGCAGUUCCCUCUCCUCCCGGCUAGCGAUCGAGUAGCUCGUGGAAUGGCGACGGCGGCGGCCGCCGAGCUGAAGCCGCGCGCGGCGCUGUCGCUGCUGCUGGCCCUGAUCCUGAUCUUGGGCCUGGGCGGCGGCGCCGACGCGCAGGAAGCGACGUGCGCGGGGCAGCUGAGCGGGCUGGCCCCCUGCGCGCGCUACAGCGUGCCGCCGCCGCCGGGGCAGGCGCCGCCCGCGCCGGGGCCGGAGUGCUGCUCCGCGCUGGGGGCCGUGUCCCGGGACUGCGCCUGCGGGACGUUCGCCAUCAUCAACAGCCUGCCGGCCAAGUGCGGCCUCCCGCGAGUCUCCUGCCAGUGAUGAACAGUAGCUCGCGAGGUGAAUGAAGGUGCAAGACCAAUAAGCAGCCAAGAAGAAGAAUAAAGAUGGAAGAUCGUCUCUGAUGGAUGGUCAUCCAGAAUCUAGACCUAGCUGCUGUUAUCGGGCGUAGUGCUCCUGUUUACAUCAGUGUCGUUGGCCGUUUUUUCUUUUCCCUCCUUUUUCUUUCCCUUUUUUAUUAAGGUUUGAUAGAUUCAUCAGUAGUUCAGCUCGUCCUGUCCGCUGGUCUCGGUGAAUGUUAAGAAAACGCUGACAGCAGUUCGAUACA